AUGAGCAAGGGACUCAGCCCGCGUUACCACGAGCUUUCUACCUAUGAAAAAGAAUACCUGGCCAUUGUGGUGGCCGUGGACCAGUGGCGACCCUACCAGCAACACAAUGAGUUCGUUAUCUAUACGGAUCAGAAGAGUCUCAUCCACCUUGAAGAGCAACGGUUGACUACCCCAUGGCAACAGCGAGCUUUCACCAAACUGCUCGGGCUCUGA